CGGAGCGAAUGAUCAAUGAUGGAUGCAUGGUGCCAAGCAAAGCUACUCAGCAUGGCGUGCCAAGCAGGGCAGGUUCUGCGGUGCGACCAGUUUACAUCAGCUGUGACCUGGAAUCCCCAAAAGGUAUUGGGAUUAUACUUUGGAAGUAUCCACCGGUGCAGGCUCACUGCAGCCGGUGCAGUUUCAAGUGCAGAUUAGUAUUUUCUUUGGAUUGGGUGCACCGGUGCAGGCUCACUGAAGCCGGCCGGCGGUGCUUCGCACCCAAGGUGGCCAGGGCCAGUGACCCGUCAUCCUUUGACCGCCAUGGCCGCGUCGCCGCCGCCACGACGACUGAUGCGCCGCCGCCGUGGUGGCUAUAUAAGCCGUCGCCUAUCCGGGCCUGCGCCUCAAUGGGCCCCGCGUUGCAGACGCCCAUGCCCUCCUCGACCGCCGCGGCCGCGAUGGCGGCAACGCCGGCCGGUGAGCAAUCCCUCGUUUUCGCCCUGCAACCGCUGUUUCUUCACGGCAUUAGCGCCGCGGCGCACCUCGUCCUCGCGCUCGCCGUCGCGGGGCGCUUCCUCUUCCGCCGCCUCACCCUCUCCGGCGGCCGCGCCAAGGACGGGGGCGUGGGGGAAGACGCCGGCCGCGGCACAGGCGGGUUCCGGUGCUACGGGGUCGCAGUCUGCACCACGUGGGCUCUGGCAGCGUUCGAGGCCCUCGUCGCCGCGUACUCGUGGUACGCGGACGCUGCCGCCGCCAGCUGGUCGCACGACGCGGUCGCGGAACAGGUGGACGCAGCGGCGCGCGCGGCGGCGUGGCUGCUGCUCGCGGCGUAUGUGCAGUUCGACUUCGGGCGGCAGCGGCACCAGGAGCGGUUCCCAGCGCCGCUCAGGCUCUGGUGGGCGCUGUUCAUGCUCCUCUCCGUCGUCGGCGUCGGCGUCCACGCGGCGGCGUGCCUCGACGGGUUCCCCGUGUCCGGUCGGUCGUGGGCGCUCGACGCCGUCUCUGUUAUUGCAGCAGUGGUUCUACUCGCAGCCGGGUUCCUCGGAAGGAGGGAUGGACGCGGCCAUGCUUCCGAGGAGCCUCUGCUGAUCGGCGCGCACGAGGCGGCCGGUGAGAGAAGCGGCAGCGCCGCCGACACGUCCUUGCUCACCGGCUCCGGCUUUCUUAGCGUGCUCACCUUCUCGUGGAUGGCUCCCCUGCUCGCCGUCGGCCACACGAGGACCCUCGUCCUGGACGACGUCCCGGGGCUCGAACCCGGCGACAGCGUCGCUGGCCUGCUCCCGCAGUUCAAGGCCAACCUCGAGGCGCUCACCGGCGACGGCGGCAGCUCCGGCCGGAAGGUCGUCACGGCGUUCAAGCUCACCAAAGCCCUGUUGCGCACCGUGUGGGGGCACGUCGGGGUGACCGUGUUCUACGCGCUGGUCUACAACGUCGCCACCUACGUCGGCCCGUACCUCAUAGACUCCCUGGUGCAGUACCUCAACGGCGACGAGAGGUACGCGAGCCAGGGGCAGCUCCUUGUCCUCGCCUUCAUCGUCGCCAAGGUGUUCGAGUGCCUGUCGCAGGGGCACUGGAAUUUCCGCAUUCAGCAGGCCGGGAUACGCGCGCGGUCGGCGCUUGUCGCCGUCGUGUACCAGAAGAGCCUCGCGCUUUCCAGCCACUCGAGGCGGAGCCGCACGAACGGGGAGAUGAUUAACAUCAUCAGCGUCGACGCCGACCGCGUCGGCAUCUUCGCAUGGUACAUGCACGACCUCUGGCUGGUACCGCUGCAAGUGGGCAUGGCAAUGUUCAUCCUGUACUCCACCCUCGGGCUCGCCUCUCUUGCGGCGCUCGGCGCCACCGUGGUCAUCAUGCUUGCCAAUGUGCCCCCGGGAAAAAUGCAGGAGAAGUUCCAGGAGAAGCUGAUGGACAGCAAGGACGUCAGGAUGAAGGCGACGUCAGAGAUCCUGCACAACAUGAGGAUCUUGAAGCUGCAGGGGUGGGAGAUGAGAUUCUUGUCCAAGAUCAUCGAGCUGAGGAAGACGGAGACGAAUUGGCUAAAGAAAUACCUCUACACAUCGGCCACGGUGACCUUCGUGUUCUGGGGGACUCCGACCUUCGUUGCUGUGGUGACCUUCGGAGCUUGCAUGCUCAUGGGGAUCCCAUUGGAGUCAGGGAAGGUGCUGUCUGCAUUGGCCACAUUCCGGGUGCUGCAGGAACCGAUAUAUGUCCUUCCUGACACUAUCUCAAUGGUGAUUCAGACCAAGGUGUCCCUUGACAGGAUAGCAUCAUUCCUAUGCCUCGAGGAGCUGCCGAGUGAUGCUGUACAGAGGAUGCCAAGUGGUAGCUCUGACUUUGCAAUCAACAUCAGCGAUGGGUGCUUCUCUUGGGAAGCCUCACCUGAAGUCCCAACGCUGAAGGACCUGAACUUCAAAGUUAGGCCAGGUAUGCGUGUUGCAGUCUGUGGAACAGUUGGCUCCGGCAAAUCUAGCUUGAUAUCCUGUAUUCUUGGUGAGAUUCCAAAGUUAGCAGGAGAGGUUCAGAUAUGUGGGACGACAGCAUAUGUCAGCCAGUCGGCAUGGAUACAGAGCGGAAAAAUUCAGGAGAAUAUACUGUUUGGCAUGGAGAUGAACAAAGAGAAGUAUGACAGAGCCCUUGAGUCAUGCUCCCUGAACAAAGACUUGGAGAUCUUGCCAUUUGGUGACCAGACGAUCAUUGGCGAGCGAGGCAUCAACCUUAGUGGCGGACAGAAGCAAAGGAUUCAGAUAGCCCGCGCUUUGUACCAGGAUACUGAUAUCUAUUUGUUUGAUGAUCCAUUCAGUGCAGUUGAUGCGCAUACAGGAUCCCACCUUUUUAAGGAAUGCUUGCUUGGGGAUUUGGCUUCAAAAACAGUGGUUUAUGUCACACAUCAGAUUGAAUUCCUACCUUCUGCUGAUCUCAUUCUUGUCAUGAAAGAUGGGAGAAUAGCACAAGCAGGGAAAUACGACGAGAUACUGGGUUCAGGGGAAGAGUUCAUGGAGCUAGUUGGUGCUCACAAGGAUGCUCUAACAACAUUGGAUGCGAUUAAUGCCAUGAAUAGAGGCAAUAUGUCCUCCUCUUGCAGUGGGACAGCAAAGUUGAAGCUAUCCAGAUCACUGUCAUCAUGUGAGAAGAAACAUAAAGCUAACGAAGAUGAAGGCAAUGCUCAGAGUGGGCAACUGGUGCAAGAAGAGGAAAGGGAGAAAGGCAGGGUGGGGUUCUGGGUCUACUGGAAUUACCUCAUCCUAGCUUAUAGGGGAGCUCUUGUACCGUUUGUGUUGCUGGCGCAGAUACUUUUUCAAACACUUCAAAUUGCAAGUAAUUACUGGAUGGCUUCGGCAGCUCCCGUGUCGAAGGACGUCGAGCCUGCAGUGAGCAUGUCAAUGCUGCUCUAUGUCUAUGUCGCGUUGGCUCUUGGGAGUUCAUUAUGCAUCCUUGUUAGAUCGCUGUUCCUUGCAACAGUUGCAUAUAAGACAGCGACUUCGUUAUUCAACAAGAUGCAUAUGUCCAUAUUCAGAGCUCCUAUGUCUUUCUUCGAUUCCACUCCGAGUGGGCGCAUUUUGAACAGGGCUUCAACUGAUCAAAGCGAAGUGGACACCAACAUUGCUGGCCAGAUGGGCUCGGUGGCAUUUUCCAUCAUUCAGCUUGUUGGAAUUGUAGCGGUGAUGUCUCAGGUUGCAUGGCAGGUCUUUGCUGUUUUCAUUCCUGUAUUUGCUGUCUGUGUCUGGUAUCAGAGAUACUACAUAGAUACAGCCAGGGAGCUGCAAAGGCUAGUAGGAGUUUGCAAAGCUCCUAUCAUACAGCAUUUUGCGGAAUCAAUAACAGGAUCAACUACCAUUAGAAGUUUCGGCAAGGAAAAUCAGUUUGUAGCAACUAAUAGCCACCUAAUGGAUGCUUACUCUCAACCGAAAUUCUACAACAGUGGGGCAAGGGAGUGGCUUUGCUUCCGAUUGGAUGUGUUGUCAUCUCUUAUAUUUGCCUUCUCUUUGAUAUUUUUGAUCAAUCUGCCAACAGGUCUCAUCGAUCCAGGUAUCGCUGGUCUUGCUAUCACAUAUGGACUUAAUCUGAACAUGCUGCAAGCCUUGGUUGUUUGGGGUUUGUGCACUUUGGAGAACAAGAUUAUAUCAGUAGAGAGAAUUCUGCAAUAUAUAAGCAUUCCUGCAGAGCCCCCGCUUUUCAUGUCAGGAGAUAAGUUGGAUCAUAACUGGCCAUCUAAUGGAGAAAUUCAGCUCUACAAUCUCCAUGUGAAAUAUGCCCCACAACUUCCAUUUGUUCUGAAGGGCCUUACAGUCACUUUUCCUGGGGGCAUGAAGACCGGGAUUGUUGGAAGAACAGGAAGUGGCAAAUCAACCCUCAUUCAGGCCCUUUUCCGAAUUGUGGACCCUACUAUUGGUCAGAUACUAAUAGAUGGCGUCGAUAUUUGCACCAUUGGAUUGCAUGAUCUGAGAUCCAGACUGAGCAUCAUUCCACAAGAGCCAACGAUGUUUGAGGGAACUGUUAGAAGUAACCUUGAUCCUCUUGGGGAGUACACUGAUAAUCAAAUCUGGGAGGCCUUGAAUUGUUGUCAGCUAGGGGACGAAGUUAGGAAGAAGGAGCUGAAGCUUGAUUCACCAGUGAUAGAGAACGGUGAGAACUGGAGCGUAGGCCAGCGUCAGCUUGUCUGUCUUGGUAGGGUAAUUCUGAAACGGAGUAAGGUCCUUGUUCUGGACGAAGCCACUGCUUCAGUGGAUACUGCAACCGACAAUUUGAUCCAGAAAACGGUGAGGCAGCAGUUUUUGGAGACAACAGUCAUCACGAUCGCGCACAGAAUUACUUCGGUUCUUGACAGCGACAUGGUGCUGCUUCUUGACGAUGGUGUAGCUGUUGAGCGCGACACGCCCACCAAAUUGCUGGAGGACAGGUCGUCUUUGUUCUCAAAGCUCGUUUCAGAAUAUACGAUGAGGUCCAUGCAAACAUAGCUGACGAGUGAAGAUUCAGUGCUUCUUUCAGCCACUCUGUCAGCAAGUAAGUAUUAUCAUCUCUGCGAUGAGCAAAAUAGACGGAUUUACUUGUUGUUCUCUCAUUUGCUAAAGCCGCUACCAUUCCAGAGAUGUAAGGAGAAAAGUAGAAUGACACGAGAACUCACAAAAUGUAGUACACCAAAGUAGUAGGUACUGUUCUCUCUGUGUCCAUUGCCAUUUGUGAAGAAGCUGAUGGGUGAGCAGUAAACAGAUAAAGUAAAAUCUGAGCAUAAACCACUGCCAUGUUUGUAA